CCUUCGUGCAUCCCCGAGAUCGACCAGCGCCGCCGCCGCCCCCAGACCGCCGCACACAGGACGCCAUGUCUGCCGCUCGAACCCAGAGCCCCUUCCUCCUGCCCCUCCUGCUGCUGCUGCUGCUGACCCAGCUGCUCCUCCUGCCCCCCGCCACCUGGAGCUACGAGGCGCUGGGGCCCGGCUGCCACCUGUACCCCUUCAACGUGACGAUCAGGAGCGACCGGCGGGGCACGUGUCGGGGGACACACGUGGUGCACGCGUGUGUGGGCUACUGCGAGUCCAGCGCCUUCCCCUCGCGCUACUCCGUCCUGCUGGCCAGCAACUUCACCCACAACAUCACCUCCGCCUCCCAGUGCUGCACCAUCAGCAGGGACUCCCGGUCCGUAAUAUCCUUCAGGGAAGUCGGGUCCCUCCGCUCGGACAGCUUCUGCCCCCGACCGGUUCUCGAAUUGCUUAAAUUCAACAGACCACCCACCACCACCGCCUGCGGCUCCAUGGAUCGUCCACAAAACCCGGCGGCCGGCGGCGCGGCGCGCUAG